CCAGCAAUUUACGCUUUUAUUUGUUUUCACACCGGCAGCGUUGAUACCUACAACUUAUUUGUAAGCUGCAUACUAAUAGGUCGCUUUUUUUUCUUCUUCAUAAUCGUUUGUGAUGAUUGCUUCUUCUUUUUUUUCCCCUGAAUAAGAAAGAUCCGUGUCUCUGUUCUCUGUUCUCUGUGUCCCGUCUGUCCUGCAUUUGUAAUCCGGCGCCCUUGCAGAACGAAUCCGCUGGACUGGUGCCUUCCCAUUGAGACGCAAGAGGCAUAGACGCGAGCCUGCAUCCGAGCGCAACGACGCACCGCUUCUAUCAUCACAACAAACACUUUUUUUUUUGCAAACCCGCGCUUUACAAACCCUGGAGGGAUUUCUUUUUUUUUUUUUUGCUGAGAAGUUGCUGGGAGUGAUCGUCCUCGACCGGGACACGAGCAAUGGGGUACCCGGGCAGAGCGGUGGCAGGAUGGAAGGGAUGGACGCUGCUGCUUUGGGUCGCCGCCGUCAGCUGUAUUCUCGCGGACGGACGGAGAGUGAGACAGGCCAGAUGUCCCGCUGGAUGCACCUGCACCAAAGACAAUGCGCUGUGCGAGAACGUCCGAUCCGUGCCUCACGCUUUCCCGUCCGACGUCGUUUCCCUAUCUUUUGUCAAGUCUGGAUUUAAUGAAAUAGUAGGAGGAAGCUUUGUUCACACGCCUGCCCUGCAACUGCUAUUGUUCACAGCAAAUACAUUGGACCUAAUUGAUGAGGAUUCAUUCAUGGGUUUACCACAUCUCGAAUACCUAUUUAUUGAAAAUAACCAAAUUGCAUCGAUAUCCCCACAUGCUUUCCGGGGCCUGAAAGCGCUGAUACAUCUAAGUCUGGCUUACAACAACCUUGAGACGUUGCCAAGAGAUGUCUUCAAGGGUAUGGAUGCUUUGACAAAAGUGGAUCUCCGUGGCAACAACCUAAUUUGCGACUGCAAGCUCAAGUGGUUGGUGGAGUGGAUGCACCACACUAACGCCACCCUGGACCAGAUCUACUGCAGCGGCCCGCCGGUCCACCAGGGGAAGAAGAUCAAUGACCUGCUGCCGCAUUCCUUUGACUGCAUCAUAGCGGAGUUUGCCUCCUAUCAGUCGUUGAAGUUCGAGUCCAUCUCGGUGGGGGCCUUCGCCUUUGGCGAGGAUCAGUUUGUCGUGUUUGCGCAACCGUUCGCGGGGACGUGCAGCUUCCUGGAAUGGGAUCACGUGGAAAUGACCUUCAGAACUUACGACACCAUCGAAAGCACCUCCACUGUGGUCUGCAAGCCCAUGGUGAUCGACGACCACCUCUUUGUCAUCGUGGCCCAGUUGUUCGGGGGCUCGCACAUCUACAAGCGCGACACCUCCGCCAACAGGUUCAUCAAGAUCCAGGACAUCGACAUCCUGAAGAUUCGCAAACCCAACGACAUCGAGACGUUCGUUAUCGACGGAGAGUCUUUCUUUGUCAUCGCUGACAGCUCUAAGGCGGGCUCCACCACCGUGUACAAAUGGAACGGCAAUGGCUUCUACUCGCACCAGUCACUCCACCCGUGGUUCCGCGACACGGACGUGGAAUAUCUGGAGAUCUCCGGCAAACCCCACCUCAUCUUGUCCAGCAGCUCCCAGAGGCCCGUCGUCUACCAGUGGAACAGGAGCAAGAAACAGUUUGAACGCAGGACUGACAUACCGGACAUGGAGGACGUCUUCUCUGUCAAACACUUCCAGGUCAAAGGUGAGCUGUUCAUUUGCUUGACAAGAUUCAUCGGGGACUCCAAGGUGAUGCGCUGGGACGGUGCCAUGUUCAAGGAGGUCCAGACAUUUCCCUCCCGCGGCUCCAUGGUGUUCCAGCCUGUCUCCGUCGGCAACUGGCAGUAUUCCAUCCUGGGCAGUGAUUAUUCACUGACGCAGGUCUACCAGUGGGACGCUGAGACGAGCCAGUUCGUCCCGUCUCAGGAGCUGAAUAUCCAGGCACCUCGAGCAUUUUCUUUGGUUUCCAUCGACAGCCGCGUGUUCCUACUCGCAUCCAGCUUCAAGGGGAAAACUCAGAUAUAUGAGCACCUGAUGAUCGAUUUGAGUAAUUAAACCUCUCGUCUAAUUUGGGAUAAAUGGUGUACAAUACCAUUCCGAUGCUAUCUUUCGUGAUUGUGUCUUUCCACCACACAGUUCGGGACUUUUAAGUUGAGAUGAAAUGGUCAAAAUUCCUACACUUGUUAUGAUCAAUGAGAAUUAAUUUCAUAUUCUUUCCGUGUUAGUGAAAAUACAGUCUCUGCUGCCAACGUUUGGCAUAGCUUCUAUCAUUUUCCUCAUAUUUUCAUCUUGAUUACUCGCUAUUUGAAAAUGCCUUAAUCUCCAUUUGAAAAAACUUAAGAGUGCGAGCUGACUAUCUUUCAGGAAAAACAAGCUAUGAAAACAUUUUUUUCUAUUAUUCUAUCUUUGCGGGUGUUUUUAUAGUUAGUGGUAAUCAUACAUCUAUGUCUCUCCAUUUCCAUGCAUUUUUAUCUUGUAUUUGAUAGGAAAGAGUUUGGUAGUGCUAAUGAUCUUGCAAUAACAGGCAAAUGGGAAAAACAUUCAAGCUGAAGGUUUCAGGUAAAAGUGUGUUUUUUUUGGCGAAAAGAAAUUACGAACAUAGAAAAAAAACGUUUCGUAAUUUUUGUCUUUAAAUUGACUACAAAGUCGAAUGUCGUUUAGAGAGAAUAUUCACGAUGGAAGAUAUGUCGUCUUUCUACACAACCAAUGGGUCACACACCAGGUCAGGGUUGUUCGUCUGCUUGUAGAAGAUGGACAAUUUCAUAAAAUAUUUUUCAAAUUCGAAUGUAAGCCAAGCUUUGUGAUCAUUUAACAGCUGCAACGAGUUGGCCGCGGUGAGGAGUAGUUUGUCACUAUAAGACUUGCGCUUGAAAAUAAUACAAGCUUCCAACCAAAUAUACAUAAAGUUAGAACAACUUUUUGGUGAUUAUGCACAUUUUUCCAGCCCAUUUUGCUUGCUCGUCAACCUAAUAGUCUUUUGUAAUAACUUACCACAAAGAAGUGACCCUAAUAUAUCAAACGAAUCCUCUAAACGCAGCAAGAAACUGAGAAAAAAAAACCUUAUCUGUCCAUCCUACUCGACCGUUGACCCUCAGUUAAUCAAGACUACACGCGAGAUGCAGACACUGGGUGUCGAUGCCUGAUGGAUGCCUCACCGGAAGUGGAUUAUGGGACAAAACCAUUGUUGUGUUUACUCUGUAACUAUAAAGCCAACCACUGUGCAGCACCUGGUACCUGUGCUUUCACACGGUCCUCUUAGUCUGACACAAAGGAGGACCGAAUAACAGCUUCACUGGUUUGCCAAAUAUAAUGUUUACCUUUUUACAGUAUGGUGAAAAUUAAUUUGUGGUUAAUUGCUUUUGUAUGUAGAGAAGACCCUAGACCAAUUCAUUUUUCUUAUAGAUAUAGAAUUUGACGUUGACACGCCGCGUAACAUGCUGCUUCUGCAAAGCGGUGUGCCAGUCUGAUCUGGUUAGCUGAGAAUAGGAGAUAAUAGCCAUUCAUUUGUCAUCUCGCUCAUUGUAUUUUCUGUACAGCAGUGUUAAUAAAGUACUAAAAUGUUAAA